GAUGCGCCCGCGGCGGCGGACCCGAGCGCGGAGGACGCCGUCGGCGAGCUGCUGGCCGAGCUGCUCCUGCGCGCCGCGGCGCCGCUGCCGGCGCCCGCUCCCGCGCCGGCGGUGGAGGACUCCGCCCCGCUGGGCAUCACGCCGGUGGAGCAGCGCGCCGGGAGGCCCGUGACCGAGCGCGUGCGAGAGUGGGAGACCCUUGGCCUCGGCGCCUCGCCGUGCGAGCGCCCUGCGGCGGGGGCCUCGACGGCGGGGGCCGCGGAGCUGCUGGCGCUGCUGCGGGCGGCGGCGGAGGCCGCGGACCUCUGCCGCGGGGGCGCCCUGGCCGGCCACGGCGAGUCCGCGGAGGCCGACGUCAGGAUUGGAACGGCUGGUUUUUGA